AUGACGAAGGGUACCUCCAGUUUCGGUAAGCGUCACAACAAGACGCACACCUUGUGCCGACGAUGUGGUCGCCGAUCUCUUCACAUCCAGAAGCAUGAGUGCUCUUCUUGCGGUUACCCUUCUGCCAAGAUCCGCAAGUACAACUGGUCCGAGAAGGCUAAGCGAAGAAAGACCGUCGGUACCGGCCGAACUCGCUACCUCAAGGAUGUGUCCCGACGAUUCAAGAACGGCUUCCAGACUGGUCAGCCCAAGGGCGCCCGAGGCGCUACUGGCGAGAAGGCCUAA